UACCCUUUAAUCUCUCCGUUUAACGCCAAUUUCGAGUAAUAGAAAAAAAGAAAAAAAACGAAACCUCAAAUUAUGGAAGCCCCACAGUUCUUUCAAGGAAGCAGCUACUGUUCUCAAUUCGCGCCAGACAAACCGGCGGCCGGUGACCGUUUCAUUGUGGAGGACUUGCUCGAUUUUUCCAACGAGGAUGCCAUUAUUACUGACAGCAUAUUCGACUCUUCCGUUGUUGGCCAUUCAACGGAUUCCUCCACUGUUACGGCCGUAGACAGCUGCAAUUCGUUGUCGUUUUCUGGUUGCGAACCUAAUUUUGCCGGUGAUAUUGGUUGCCGAGGUUUUACUGACGGUCAUUUCGCCGGUGACCUUUAUGUGCCGAUUGACGAUUUAGCUGAGCUCGAAUGGCUGUCGAAUUUCGUGGAGGAAUCAUUUUCAAGUGAGGACCUGCAAAAACUCCAGCUGAUAUCCGGAAUGAAAACCCUACCUGACGAAUCAUCAAAGACCCGGGGGUUCCAACCCGUUCUUCUCAGCCAAAUGAAUAGCGUCAUUGAUAACUGUGACAGCAACCGCGGUAACAAUAAAAACAACCCAAUUUUCCAUCCGGACAUGUCGGUGCCCGCCAAUGUCAGAAGCAAACUUUCCCGCGCUGCGCCAUGCAAUUGGGCCUCCCGCCUCCUUGUUCUCAGUCCAACAACUUCGUCUUCCGACCCCGAGAUUUUGGUCCCUGUCCAACCACCUCUCCCGAACUAUCCAGGCAAAAAGCCCGUCAAAACGACAUCGUCGAAGAAAAAAGAUGGCUGCGAAGGCGGUGGCCUCGCCAAUUCGGAUGGGCGGAAGUGCCUGCAUUGUGCUACGGAUAAGACGCCGCAGUGGCGGACAGGGCCCAUGGGCCCAAAAACAUUAUGCAAUGCAUGUGGAGUGAGGUAUAAAUCGGGGCGGCUUGUACCUGAGUACCGACCCGCUGCGAGCCCGACAUUUGUGCUGACUAAGCAUUCAAAUUCUCACCGUAAGGUGCUUGAGCUUAGACGACAAAAGGAAUUGGCAAGGGCCCAACAGAAACAUCAGCAACAAUUCAUGCAGCAUCAUCAUCACAACAUGGCUUUUGAUGAAUCUAACGGUGAUGAUUACUUGAUCCAACAGCACGUGGGCCCUGAUUUCAGGCAUCUGAUCUAG